CUCCUUCUCUCUCUCUCUCUCUCUCUCUACACUCCAUUCUUUCUCUCUCUCUCUCUAAAUUUCCCUUCUUUUACAGUCAUUGAUACACCCUCCUCGUCCUUCUGCUUCACGCCGCACCUCCACCAACAACGCUCCUCACUCCUUUCGCAUUCCCCUCCCCCCUUCUUUAAACUACUCCAAACAUAAAGGCCCCAUCUUUUCUGUUCCUCCGCCAUUCUUGCUUUUUUUCCAUCAACUGGGACUCCUCCCCGUCCAGACUCGGGCUCGAAUUCUUGAUGGAAUUCUAGAUGGGAUCCUCGUCUUCCUACGUCCGCCCGGUUCCGCGACUGGUUCUUAUUGAGGAGUGCAUUUGUCAGUGGAGCUUGUCCCUGUUUGCCAGAGAGGUUUUUAGCUAUUCAGCAAAUGACAGGAAACAAAAAGGGACUAGAUGUUGAUGAUUUUGAGAAGCUUCUCUGUGAAAUCCCCAAUGCUACUUCUGGAUUUCGACAGCCUGAGGAUGCUGGACUCGAGAGGGUGUCUUUGGGCGAUUCUAAGUCUCCUAUCUUGGUUGAGUCUAGCAAAGGGCCUCACAGUGAGAAAUCUUCAAACAAUGGCAGUUUACUCAGGAGAAAAGCAUUGGCUGAUCAAGUUGACAAGAUACCUCAGGCAAAUGAAGUAAAACUGCCUGAUGAACAAUCUGUUGCUUUUGCAUUUGCAGAUUUGAAUUUGGAGAAUGGUUUGUCUGGAGAAGCUGUGUGUAUUCCUUCAGCUAAUGGAAUGCCGAUGCAUAGUAAUGCCUUUUUAUUGGAAAGCCAGUAUUGCAACAACUUAAAGAUUAAUAAUCUAACGUCUCAUUCACAGUGGAACACUGUCUAUCCUUUUCAGACCAGAAUUAGUGCUCCCUCUGGUUUUGAUGACUUCUCUGGGACCCAAAUUGGCCAAGGGAGUCUCGAUUUUAGUAAGUUUGAUGCUCAAGGUCUAAAGAAGUGGCAAGUUAGUGGUUUUCAGUCUGUUGGUAAUCCCAAUGGUUCAAUGCCAACAGCUAAUGGGGUCCAUUUGUUGCACAAUCUACAUGUUCCUGCUGUUGAAUUUCCCGUAAGCUCUAACCAGAAGCAAUGCAUCAAUACUCUAUCCCCGCUUCCUUACUUUCAUAGACAACAUAGGAAUGAGCGCCCGAUUCUUUGGAGGAACACAGAGGAGGAAAACUCUCACCUAAUGUGGAAGCCAAACCUUCAUGUCCAGCAGAAUAGUCAUUGUCAGGUGGAAGAUGAACUUCCAGUCCAAGCGAGUGCAAAUUAUGUGAACGGCAUACUGCAUGAAAAUCAAAGGAUGCAGCACAAUCAGGUGCCAGGAUCUCACCAUUUUGGACAAUUUGAGCAAGGAAAAUUCUUGAACAAUUAUGUGAAUGCAAGAUGCCUGAAGCAAGCAAAUUCUGGGCUUUCCCCCACAGAUGUUCGCAAUGUGCGAGUUUUGGACAGAAAAUUGCAAGGGACUUCUGCCAGAAAGAAUCUAACUAGACCUCACGACUUGAAUUCACCAAGAAUUUUGAAGUUUGGUUCAGGAAAUGAAGCACUUAACCAUGUAACUGAGAAUGGAAGCCAUACCUUAAAUGGCCUUCACCACUGCUGCCUAUGGAAUCCAGCUGCUAGAUGCUUUAUGGCAGAUGAUUCUCACUCAUGGGUCUUUUCUUCCGACGCUACAUAUCUUAAAAGUUGUGACCCUAGGUUGCUAUAUCAGAAGACUAAAAAUGUGGAUGAAGUCAGAGGUAAAAUUCCUCUCAUGGCUAGGGACCAACAUGGUUGCCGCUUAUUGCAAAAGAAGAUAACAGAGGGGCCCCAAGAGGCUGUUGACAAGAUCUUUUUUGAGGUCAUUGACUGCAUAGUUGAGUUAAUGACAGAUCCUUUUGGGAAUUACUUAGUGCAGAAGCUUCUGGAAGUUUGUCGUGAAGAUCAGCGAACACAGAUGCUUCAAGAGAUCACUAGGAAACCAGGGGAUCUAGUUCGCAUCUCAUGUGAUAUGCACGGGACCCGAGCUGUUCAAAAAGUCAUUGAGACCCUCAGAACUCCAGAGCAUGUAUCAAUUGUGGUUAAUUCUCUGAAGCCAUGUAUAGUGACAUUGAUGAAAAACAUGAACGGCAAUCAUGUUGCCCAGCGCUGCUUGCAGUUUUUAAUGCCUGCUUACACUCAGUUCCUUUUUGAAGCCGCAGCUGCCAAUUGUGUUGAGCUGGCAACAGAUCGUCAUGGCUGCUGUGUGCUUCAGAAAUGCCUUAGUCAUUCUGUUGGGGAGCUUAGGAAACAUCUGAUCUCUGAAAUAGUUUCAAAUUCGCUAAUCCUUUCCCAGGAUCAAUUUGGGAACUAUGUUGUGCAAUACAUCUUUGAGCUUCAAGUCUCCCAGGUAGUAAAAAUUCUUGAUCAGUUGGAAGGCAGAUAUGGGGACUUAUCUAUGCAAAAAUAUAGCAGCAAUGUUGUUGAGAAGUGUUUGAAAUGUUCUAUUGCGGAAGGUCCAAGACGUGUAAUCCAGGAGCUUAUUGAUGAUCCUAGGUUAGAUCAAAUCAUGCAAGAUGCUUAUGGCAAUUAUGUCAUCCAAGCUGCAUUGAACAUCUCAGAGGGAGCUCUUGAAGAUGCACUAGUGGAGGCAAUAAGACCCUAUAUCCCUGUGCUGCGAACCAGUCCAUAUGGGAAGAAAGUUCUCUCAUCAAGCAACCGUCUGAAGAAGCUGUAUCUAUAGAAUUCAUUUCUUGUGUGGGUCAAUGGGAUGGUAUGUAACUAAUCAUUAAAUUUCCUUAACCAGGGAAAAAGGACUUGGACUCCUCUGCAGCCUGUCUUCAUCGCGGGGUAGGUGCUGCUUAGGCUUUGAUCACUUUGAGUGUAAUUAUUAUAUAUUGCAAAAGCAUGUGGAGGAAGGCUUCAAGAUCCCGGAGUCCAGAUAUGAAGCCAAUCUCAAAUAAAAAUGGCAUGAACAGAAGUUCAUUUUGGUUUUUUUGAUGCUUUGCUCGUUAUUGAGCUAGUUGGAAGUUUUGCAUGAUCUACACUGCAGAGAGAAUCUUGCGUGAUAUAGAAUCCGCAUAUGCCAAGAUCGGCAAUUUUUGUUGUUGCAUAGAAAUAAACGGAACUGUAAAGAUGUAGAGAAAGAGAGUGGUUCUUAGUUGAUGCUGACAAUGUGCUCAGGGGUCGUUGUCUGGUAACUUAUGAUCGCCCGGUUAUUUGUCUUGAUGUACAUCACCUUUUGAUGGACCUGUACUCUAUGCCUUGCUAUUUAAUGGUUAUCUAUUGGUAAUGUUAGGCCCCCUGGCCUAAUUAUAUCCCUUAAUACUCUUGAGGGAUUUCUAACUUUCAA